GACGGAAGCGCACAGUCUUCUUUCACACUCCAAGGAGUAUUGUUUUACCAACUAAAGUUUCAUCGGAAUAGGUCUACAGUUGAGAAUAUGAAUCUACUUGUGGUGUUGGUGAUUGUGACAACGGUCUUGAACAUUAUAAGAGCAGCACCCAGCGGCGUGGACAUAAGUAAUGACGAAUUGUUGGAUGGGAAAUAUCUGUGUGAAGCCGGAUCUAAAAAAUAUGAUGGACCUUUUCUCGUAAGAUUAAUAGCUACCACAAACGGGCAAACUGUCGUCUGCUAUGAGUGCAGCCAGUCGGAAUUUAAAACCAAGUACAAUGUUAAGCCCUGUGCGGAGCGCCUGACACCAGGCAAGCUCGUUGGGAGUGGCCACCAUAGGGAGGCAGUGCCGUACCUGAUUAGAAUGGAUCCCAUCUACAACAAGGACACCUGGGGCAGCAAACUCAAAAGGAACUUUGAUGAAAUUGACAAGGCAUCGGCCAGUUUCAGCAUUCUGAACCAACUUGUCUAGUGAUAUCAUUUUAAGUGCUUGUAAAUGCUCACGGCCACGAACGAAUACCCGACCAAAAGAUACUGAUACUCAGCCAAAUAUGCUUCAUGUCAAGGGAUACAUACUAGCAAAUAAAUUAAACGUAUUAUAAAUAAAACGAAUAUGACUGUUA